AUGUAUCGCAAGAAAGGUCAAGGUAAGAAUAUCAUACAAGAUUUCUCACAAACGGCGCUGAAGACCUUUAGUGCGAUAAAAACCGGCCCCAAUGUUUGCGAUGCCAGUCAUCAGGCAGGGCCUGUGAUGGCUAUCUAUAUUCAAACCUAUGAUUAUCUUCCACCGCGUGCAUCUGGCUCAGUCUCAUAUCAAUCACCAGUCUACUGGGCUGAGACGUUCUUCAGUUUCCUUGAUUCUCAGUCGGCCAUCGUCAAUGCUUCCCUAUCUGCUCUAACUCUAGCUCACCUAGCCAAUUCAAAGUGCGAUGCCGCACUAGCACAGCACGGUAGACACCAUUACGGUCAAGCAAUGCAACAAAUCUGCGCACUACGACAAGUAGAACAUCCCACAACUCUAGUUCGCACAGGCAUGAUCUUGGCCCUCUACGAGAUCUACAACCACCCGCUAGGUUGUGAUAACCCAUGGCAGGUACAUGUGCAGGGCGCUUAUAAUCUCAUGCGGGAGUUGGAGUUCCCACACCAAGCUCUCAGCAAGCAUGACUUCCGUCGACUUUGCACGAUUGAGUUUCUCCGUCUGUGCAUUAGCGGACAAAGCAUGGCUUGUCCCAAUCUUUACUUUCAACCAAAAGGACCGUCAGCCGAUACAUUCGAUCGUCUUUUAGAAAUCUUGUCCCAGACUACCUACCUACUUGCGACCAUGCGACGGAGUUCCUAUGGUGGGCUAGACAGAAAUGGCGCCAAUUCCUUAUUACAACAAUCCGUAUACAGCAAAGAAGAACUUUUAACCUGGUUCCAUGAAUUUCAAUCUGAAGAGGACAGUCGGCCUCUUUUCUUCUCUCAAGAUAUGACGGACGAUACACUAGAAAGGCCGCAAGAGACGAUAAAUUUUACGAACCCUUCUAGCAUACCGCAUUUGGUCCUAUAUUGGCUAGGUUUGGUGGCAGUCUAUGCUUCAAUGGCCAAGGCACUACGUGUCCUCGUUCGGACAGAUGAGCGUACAUGCUUGAAGGAGAGACUGGAAACAGCAGAGCUUCUUUGCUAUCGCUUCACCAACCGUCUUUCACAAUCUCAUACAGGAUAUGUGGGGAUGGGUCAAGGGAAUACUAUAUUAUUGAUGGCGACAUCUUUAGCGGCGCAACAGAUCUGUCAAAAUUCGCAGGACGAAACAAUAAUUGUAGCUAACAAAUAA